AAGCCUGCAGGUGUGCCGCUGUUCAUCUGCAGACGGCGUAUUGCCAGGCAGACGUCGCUUUUUGGAAUCAGCCACGUUGUCAAGAGGGAAGGAUGGGGGCAAGUGGAGUUAAUGACGUUAAUGACGCUGGUCAUCAAAGUAAAGGUUGGAAAGAAGACUAACGGUGACUUUGGCAAACCCACCAAGUAUGACCUCAAACUGAUUAAGAUGUUCAAGGGCCCUAAAAAAAACAUUGAUGCCGUCUACACGCCAUCUUCCCCUGCAGCAUGUGGAAAGACUCUGACCACGGGUGUAGAUUAUCUUAUCACAGGCAAACUGGCGUCUGACGGGUCACUGCACAUCACGCUGUGUGACUUCAUUGCGCCCUGGAAGAGCCUGUGCAAGACCCAGAAGAACAACUUGGUACAGGGUUAUAAAAUGGGCUGCAAUUGCAAGAUCACUCGCUGCACCUCCCUCCCGUGCAAGAUCAGCAGCCGAGCGGAGUGCUCGUGGACUGACUUUGUGAUGAAGUCGGACAAUAGACAGCAGGCAAAACAUUUUGCUUGUAUCAAGAGACGUGAUGGCUCUUGCACCUGGUACAGUGGGGGUGCCAGCCGCUUUUAAAGCCUUAACUGUCAUACAACAUGUCCUACAAAUAAAUCCUUUAAGAAAGCAUGCCGUGUCUCCUCCCCCCGCCCCCUUGCUGUUUUGAAAUUGAUUGGGACAUUAGACUAGCGUUACAAUGGUGUUGGCUAGUAAUGCUACCUGCAAGACUGGUGUUACUACAAUGCUGGAUGUUUCACGAUGCCUCGUGUCAGUGCUGCGAAAUGAUUAAAGCCCCUGAGGAAGACUUUCUAGCACGUAAUGCAACUCAAAUGGUUAAUGAUUGCGGCCUCGUACCUUUUUUUUUUUCCCCACUGAGGGUCAGAAUGUGUCCUUGGUACUUGAUAAUGGAUGUGUGACAAAAUGUCUGGUGGGUUUAAGUAGCUUUGAUUAGUGAUUGGAGCAAACAGGUGGCGUGCAGCAGUGUAAAGGAAAAUGCUACUGGUGAAUGAACACACAAUUACAGCUUCCUGGCACAAGCAAGUGUGUGCCGUUCAUGUCUUCCGUGUAUGUAAACGUGCACACUCACCUGUGACCAUGAGCUCACACCAAUUUAUAACCCGUCGCCUACAAUAACUUGCGGGUAGUUGGUUGCCAAAUAAAGGGCGUCCAUGUUUUUUUACCAAACUUGCCCCGUGUGCUAGUCAGUCCCCUGAAGGUAUGUACUGUACUUUAACUCGGCCAUUGGGCUGAAUGCCGUGAAGCCAGUGUUUUUGUAGAAAGCAUUGAGCUGGGAGGAAAUUUCAAGUCUGACUUGGGGUCAAACUUUAGGCUUUAGUGGCACCACUUGUGUAUUCACCCUUUUAUGUGCGGCAGCUCAGGUAGCGUUAGCAGUGUGACUGCGGGAUCCAAUCAGUGUAACUACUUGUUUUAGUCUUGUAUGAAUGAGCCCUAAAAGUAUUUGAUUUCCAAGACCGCCAACUUGUCAAGACAAUGGACGACUGGAAUGAAACCAGAGGUGGGAAUUCCAAUUCCAUGUUUCUCACUGUUAUAACUAAAAAAAAAAAAAAAAAAAUCACUGACCUUGUCAAAGUUUCAAGCAAAAACAGAUUGUAAUGGAAACAAAAGGGUCAUCGAUGAGCUUGGAGAACCGUUAACAUUUUAGGAACUUAUCAUUUCAGACUGGAACAUUUCCUAACAAAAUGAAAAUGGCUCAAGUGGUUCAGAUAUCAAAAAUGGAGGUAAACAUCAAUUUACAAAUUACAGACCAGUUUCCUUAUCACCCCAAUUUUCUAAAAUUAUGGUGACACUAACAGGUUAACAUUUCAACUGAUCAAAACCACGGAGGAAAUUGCUACGGACCACAAAGUGUGCAGUUGCAGUAUUUAUGGAUCUUACAAAAGCCUUUGAUACAAUUAAUCCCAAUAUUUUAACGAAAUUAGAAAGGUUUGGAAUCAGAGGAUUAGUCUUGAAUUGGGUUAAAAUUUACUUAGCAAACAGGAAUCAAUUUGUAAAGCUAGGAGAAAACACAUCUGCAAGUUUAAAUAUCACGUGUGGAGUGCCGCAGGGGUCAAUAUUGGGACCAAAACUGUUCAAUUUGUAUAUCGACAUUUGUAAAGUGACAAAGGACUUAAAGUUGGUGGUAUUUGCGGAUGAUAGCGCUGCCUAUCUGUCUGGGGAAAACCAGUAAUUCAAAAUGUCAAGGAUGAAAUGGUCAUUUUAAAUGGUUUGGUAGAAACAGAUUAUCCUUGAACUUAAGUAAAACUAAAAUGCUAUUUGGAAAUAGGAUACGUACGAUCAAAUACAAAUACCUGUAGACGGGGUGGAUAUUGAAAGAGUGAAAGAAAAAUUCUGGGGGUCAUAAUAGACGAAAAACUGAGUUCGAAAUCUCAAAACUAUACAAAAGGUGGCGAGAAAUACUUCAGUAUUGAAUAAAGCAAAAUUAGUUACGCUGUAGUGCUCUUAGAGCUGAUUCAUUUGAGAAACUUGCAUGAAGAGAUUUGACCUAAUUUGUCUUUGUUCUUGUAUUUUAUAAUAAAACGUAUUUUUGUAGCUGUUCAUUGAGAUUUAAAGAAAUGCAUUUAAAUAUUUGAUUUUGGUUUUUUUACAUUGGUAAUUCAUUUUACAUAAUACACAUUUUGCUAAUCUAAAACAAAAUCUGAGGAGCCACUCAGGAGCUGAAAGAGUCGGUUCUUUUUAGUGAGCCGAGCCAAAAGAA